AUGGUGUUAUAUGAUAUCUUGAUUAAGAAUGGUGUAAUUUGUUCUGCUAGUGAUGCAUUUCCUGCUGACAUUGCAAUCUCGGAUGGCAAGGUACAGGUGAUUGCUGCGUCAAUAGACUCAAGCCUUGCCACGGAAACAAUUGACGCAGAUGGUGCUUUCAUUACACCAGGUGGUAUCGAUGCUCAUGUUCACGUCGAUGAACCUCUAAAACUACUGGGAGAAGUCGCUGAUACGAUGGAGCAUGCUACAAGAAGUGCAGUAGCAGGAGGAACGACUACUGUUAUUGCUUUUGCUACCCAAGACACCUCCAGAAAAGGGCCCAAAGCACUUUCGGAGUCUGUCAAAAUUGUAGUGGAAGAUUACGCGAAGCAGACCCUGUAUUGUGAUUAUGCGCUCCAUAUGAUUAUGUUCAAGGUGGAAAAGCCGUCUAUUGCAGGGAGGGAGCUUUUGGACGUUCAGCUUCAAACGGUAUAUGAUGAUUUCGGGGUAUCGAGUGUGAAAGUAUUUAUGACAUAUCCCGGACUGCAAAUAUCUGACUAUGACAUUUUAACUACCAUGUAUGCCACUAGAAAGAAUGGUUUCACCACAAUGAUUCAUGCGGAAAAUGGUGAUAUAGUUAAGUGGAUGAUAGAAGACCUCGAGGAAAAGGGAUUACUGCAUGCUUACUAUCAUGGUGUGUCGAGACCCACGAUAGUUGAGGGUGAAGCGACGAAUAGAGCAAUUACUCUAGCCUCCACUAUGGACACGCCUAUUCUUUUCGUUCAUGUAUCAUCACCAGAAGCUGUAGAUGUGAUUCGCCAGGCUCAGACCAAAGGAUUUAAAGUGUUUGCAGAAACUUGUCCACAGUAUGGUUUACUGUCGGAUGAGGACACAAAAUGUCAUCAUACGGCGGAAUCUAGUGAUUGUGAUGUAAUCCGAAGGGAGCGGGAAGACGGUGAGGGAAAGAUUGUAGACGCAGGUGAUCUUUUCAUCGGGUCUAAGGCCAUAUGCUCUCCGCCUAUAAGACCUGAACAUUGUCAGGAAGUGAUUUGGCGUGGGAUGGAUAAUGGAACAUUUACUAUUGUAGGCUCCGAUCAUUGUCCAUAUUACUACUAUGAUAAGUUUUCGGCAGGCUCCAAAUAUAGUGCCUUUGACGGAGAAAAAGACGGGCGAUUCAGAUAUAUUCCUAACGGCAUGCCAGGUGUAUGUACCCGUAUGCCUUUGCUCUACAACUAUGGAUAUCUACAGAAAAAACUUACCUCUAUGAUGAAAUUCGUUGAAAUUAACUGUACGAAUCCUGCUAAAUUGUAUGGAUGUUAUCCUCAAAAAGGUUCAUUACUUCCAGGAGUGAGCGAUGCAGAUUUAGUAAUCUGGUAUCCAGACAACUCGAAUAGAGCAUACCCAACAAAGCCAUCUCGUGUUACGAAUGCUUUGAUGGAACAUAACUGCGAUUACACCCCUUUCGAAGGCUUUGAGCUUCAAAACUGGCCCCGGUUUACCAUCGUCAAAGGUAAAAUUGUUUAUAGAGAAGGCAAAAUUAUAAAAGAGAAUGCUGCCGGUGCAUACCUGAAAAGAGGGAAAAGUGCUAUGUGCACCCCGAAAAAUGAAUGGCUCUAUUCCGAAUUCAAGCCAUCUUACCAAAAGUAA